GCCGCGUUUUUAACUUCCGGAAUAUCCAUACAACUUGUCACUGUCAGUCUUUUCUGCAGAUCUACAUGUAUGUUCGGGAAUAUAAGCAGGCCUUUUAAGUUUCAGAUUUUCUAUGUGGUAAUAUCACAAAAACAUGUCUGUGGAACCAAUCUUAGAAGAACCAGUUCUGCCUCAGUCAUCAGGGUGGAUGGCAGCCGAGGAAGCGCCCUCUGGGGGGGUGAACCCUGCAGGCCUCGAACGUCUGACUCGGCUCGACCUUCUGCUCGUCACACAGCAAAUGGAGCAACUUGAAGCUGUCGUUGGUUUAAAAUUGACGAACCAGUACAUAGUUAAGAAUAUUCGUGGAGAGAAGGUAUAUUUCGUCGCUGAAGAUAGCAACAUUCUUGAACGCCAUUUACUGGGGCGUUGUCGGCCAUUUCACAUUAGAAUUUUCGACGAAGAAAAUCACGAGAUUAUUCAUCUUCAGCGGAGAUUGAGAUGUUCCAUGUGCUGUUUCCCCUGUUGUUUACAAAAAAUGACAGUGGAAUCUCCCCCAGGCAAAGUUAUUGGCUAUGUGAAGCAGACAUGGACCACAUGCCACCCACGCUUCCUGGUCCAGGAUAGCAGUAAGAAAACCCUCUUGUACAUCACAGGGCCUGUGUGUCCGUGUGGGUUCUGUGGACACGAUAAAUACAGGGUUAUAGAUGUCGAGGAUGAUAGAGAUGUUGGGUGUAUUGGAAAAGAGUGCAACGGCGUGGCCAAGGAAGUAAACCCUCUCUCGGACAACUUCGGUAUCAGCUUCCAACUCAGCCUAGACGCCAAAAUGAAGGCUGUCCUCUUGGGAGCAGUAUUUCUAAUAGAUUUCAUGUUCUAUGAGAUUGAAAUGGAAACUAAAAGAAUCUUCUUCUAGUCGUUGGCAGUGCUUCAUGUAACAGUGAUCAGUUUCUUUUCACUUAUCACCGACUAGUCUCUCACACUCACUCAUACUCAUAAAGGCAUCACUUGGACUCAUAAAGGCAUCACUGAAGACUUGUAAAGGCAUCACUCAUAAUCCCAUAAAGGCAUCUCUCAGACUCAUAAAAGGAUCACAUAGACUCAUAAAGGCAUAACACACUCAUAAAAGCAUUCUUCAGACUCUCAUAAAGGCAUCACACAAAAUCCCAUAAAGGCAUCACUCACUCUUAUAAAGGCAUAACAUACUCAUAAAGGUAUCACUCACUGUCAUAAAGGCAUCACAAAAUCCCAUAAAGCCAUCAUUCAGACUCAUAAGGCAUCACUCAAGACUCAUAAAGACAUCACACAAAAUCCCAUAAAGGCAUCACUCGGACUCAUAAAGGUAUCACUCAGAAGUUCACAAAGGCAUCAUUCAGACUCAUAAAGACAUCACUUACUCAUAAGGGCAUCACUCGUAAUCCCAUAAAGGCAUUCAUACUCAUAAAAACAUUUUUUAAAAUCCCAUAAAGGCAUCAUACGGACUCAUUAAGGCAUCACUCAUACUCAUUAAAAAAAAAAAUCCCAUAAAGGCAUCACUUACACUCUCAUAAAGGCAUCACUCAAGACAAAUGCAUCAUUCAAGACUCAUAAGGCAUCACUCAAGACUCAUAAAGGCAUCACUCAAGACUCAUAAGGCAUCACUCAGACUCUCAUAAAGGCAUCACUCAGACUGAUCAAGUCAUCACCCGGACUCUCGUAAAAGUAUCACUCACUCUCAUAAAGGCAUCACCCUGACUCAUAAAGGCAUCACUCAGACUCAUAAAGACAAAACAUGACUUUGUACAUCAUAAAGGCAUCACACACUCAUAAGGGCAUAACUCACUGUCAUAAAGGCAUCACAAAAUCCCAUAAAGCCAUCAUUCAGACUCGUAAGGCAUGAAGACAUCACUUACUCAUAAAGGCAUCACUCGGACUCAUAAAGCCAUCACUCAAGACACAAAGGCAUCACACAUUAAGGCAUCACUCAUACUCAUAAAGGCAUCAAAAAAAAUCCCAUAAAGGCAUUACUCACACUCAUAAAGGCAUCAUUCAAGACUCGAGGCAUCACUCAUAAAAGUAUUACUCGAGACUCAUAAGGCAUCACUCAGACUCAUAAAGGCAUCACAAAAUCCCACAAAGCCAUCAUUCAGACUCAUAAGGCAUCA